AUGAAGACGGAGGGGGGUGCCUGGGUAGCUCAGGGGUCGGGGGCUACAGUCGUGGCUCCUGUCGUAUCGGCACAAGAGGCCGCCCCCGCGUCACAUGUCCGAGGGCGGUCAAACAAAUGCUACGAUGACCUGGCUGCUGGCGCGAAGACACGGCCGGCGACCGAGCCUGCCGUGGAGGAGCAAGGAUAUGCGCAAGAGGGAAGCUUGACGCCCAGCCCGGCAGAUAUCGAUGCGGCUGAGUGCGGCCCGCUUGGGCCAAAAAGCUGCGUGGGCCACAGAGCUAGGUACUUUCCAGCAGCCUUGGCUGAAAGCGCGGGGGCUGCCGGCACGACGACGACGACUUCCACGACCAAAACCACGGAACGCCGUGCUGGCCAUUGGAAGCGAUUCAGCACCAUCGUCAUCCCGCUACAAAGCGUAAAGUCGUACUUUAAAGACGCCGCCGCCGCCGCCCGAAAGGCCGAAACGCGUGAGGAGCUCGAAAAGCUUCUCGUCGCAAAGUACAAUCAACGCGUCGAUGAGCUCUCGCGUGCUGCGUACGCCAUGAGCGACAUUGCGUGGGAUAAGGACAAAGCCUUACCCCGUCGUGCUCGCGGCGCGGCCGAUUGGGCUGGGCGUUGUCCUUCUCUAGAGCGUUUUGCGGAGCUCUUUUACGAGGGCAUCCUUGCCGCAGAAAAGGAUCGCGAGAGCGUCGAGGUGGCCCCGAAACCCGAGGUCUUUAGCGAGUCAACCCGCUUUAGCCAGCACCCCCCGUCUUCGCCUCCGGACUGGGACGAGCGUGUCGAGGAGACGCGAAAGGGCUACGCCUGGACUCGGAACAUCAGGGAGCUCGACGACGACGAGCCGCUAUCCGGUCGGGCCACGCCACCACAGCAUAUAUUCAGGUCGCCACCCGACACGACGACGGCACCCGAUCCCAAAUCAGCUCCCAGCUCCUCGGUGAUGUCCAUUUCCGACCCGGCCACACGCACGCCCGAUAGCCCCAGCCCUAGCCGAGAUGCAGGUCUAGGCACACGCGCAACAAGAGGUCCCGCCACCGGUGAGGAAACCCGCGCCGCUGCUGCCGCACAUGCGUACCCUAAGGACGCGGCGGCGUCGUGUUCGACGGCUAGCACGCACGUCAGACCCGGCAAAGCGGCGGGCCCGCCCGCCACGCCGCCGGCGUCGGCAGACGCAGCAGUCGCAACCGCCGCCGAGGGCACAGUCGGCGACGUGGCGUCUCGCCGCCGGCCGGCUGGCGAUGAUGAUGCUGGCGCAAACAGGAAGAGGCGCCGCUCCGAGGGCGCAGCAAGCGAGCAUCAGGACGACGGAUCUGCACGGCCGCCCCGGAAGCGGCAGGUGCCUGGCGAUGGGCGACUCGAGGAUAGAUCGAAGUAA